AUGUCUUCCAAAUUUAAUUUUCUCAACGAGCUCGAUAAUAGCCGAGGAGUUAGAUGGAAUGUCCGAGUUCGUCUUCUACGCGUGUGGAUAAAGAUAGAUUUCAAUGAUGAUAAUGAAAUCUCCAGAAUUGAGAGCGUCUUAAUCGACGAAAAGGGCAAUAGGGCCAUUGCUGAAAUUAAAAAAGACCUAAUAUACAAGUUUCAGGAUCCCAUGAAGGAGGGAGAGUACAAACAAAUAAGCCAUUUUGGUACGGCUACUGACAAAGAGCUCCAAAGAUAUAGUGAUAACAAAUACAAAAUAAUAUUCAAACGCAGUACCAAGAUUGCGACAAUUCCCGAGUUUGUGGAUCGUCCUUAUAUUGGUGAAUAUUGUUUUCAGUUCCCGAAAUUUGCUAAUAUCAUAAACAAAAGGGUGAAUGAAUCUUUACUGAUAGAUGUCAUAAGUGAAAUAGUGGCUGUAGGCAAAAGGCAAAAGAGGAUAUGCCGUGGAAUCGAAAAAGAUCUGGUUGAUGUGGAGAUGCGUGAUUUAGAUGACGAUACCAUCAUAUGUACUUUGUGGAGUGAACAUGCGGAUGUCAUCCUAGACCAUUAUGCUAAAAACAACUCGUGCGGAGUGGUUACUGUAAUUAUGCAUGCUAAAAUCAUGGAAUAUCAGAAAAAAAAGAAACUUAGCAAUGUUCUAUGGGGUACGCGAAUAUGGCUGGAUGAUUGCAAGAUUGAAGAGAUUGCCAGUUUCAAGGAUAAGCAACAAGUAAUCUGGUAUGUCACUGUUGACGAAAUCCUACCGGAAAAGGAAUGGUACUACAUUGGUUGCAAUAAGUGUCACAAAAAGGUUGAAGAGUGGCCAAUCAAGAAAAACCUAAAUCUUGAGAAUGAACCGACCGAUGUCAAUGAAGCAUCUGAGGACAACUGCAAAAAAAUUUAUAGAUGCAAUGAAGUCUACAAAGCUAUUGUGCCAAAUCCUUGCGCUAGGUACAAAGUCUUCGUGACACUUGAAGACUCAACUGGACAACGGACCUUCGUCCUAUUUGACCGUGAUGUGAAAAAGAUCGUGAAUGUUUCAGCCAAAGAUUUACUUGAAAUCACCCCUCCGGACGAUGAUUCUGAUGUUUGUGCUAAUUAUGAUGGACUGGGAUUUCAAUCUGUGGGUUCACAAAACCCAAAGGUAAUGUGA